AAUAAACUGUAAAUGCAUACACAGGGCAAAGACGUUAAAAGGUUACCGCCAUUGAUUAUUUAUUUGAAGCAUGAAAGGAAUUUGUCGUUACUGUAGUAAGUGGUAUGCACAGUGAAAUCACUGUUCUGAGUGGGUCAGAACGACAAAGGUACGGAGCAUAGCAAUGGCAAGUGGGUGGGCGGUGUGCCCAACUCAGCCGGAGCCGCUGAAACUCACUGCUCCUUUUCUCUUUUCAUCCUUCAAUUUCCUCUCAUUAAAUGCAGCUCUUCGCUCCCCAACUUUGCACCAUAUUCAAAUCAAAAUCCAUCGCCGGAAAUUGAUUUUCUCUCUCCUAGGGCUUCGAUUUUCGAUUUCUCUGUCAUUAUGGCGAAGAAUGCAGCGGAACGCGGCUCGUUCUCGGCGAAGGACUACCACGAUCCGCCACCGGCGCCUCUCAUCGAUGCCGUGGAGAUUACGAAAUGGUCGUUUUACAGAGCUCUUAUUGCGGAGUUCAUAGCCACUCUGCUUUUCCUGUACGUCACUGUGUUGACGGUGAUCGGCUACAAAUCGCAGACGGAUCAUAUCGGCAACAAGAACGUUGAUCCUUGCGGUGGCGUCGGGAUUCUUGGCAUUGCCUGGGCGUUUGGUGGAAUGAUCUUCGUUCUUGUUUACUGUACCGCUGGAAUUUCAGGUGGGCACAUAAAUCCAGCAGUGACAUUUGGGCUUUUGUUGGCCCGAAAGGUGUCACUUGUCCGGGCCGUGAUGUACAUGGUGGCCCAAUGCUUAGGGGCCAUUUGCGGAGUUGGGCUCGUGAAGUCCUUCCAGAAGGCCCACUUCCAGAAGUACGGCGGUGGGGCAAAUGGGCUCGCCGACGGCUACACCGUCGGCGUUGGACUGGCGGCGGAGAUCGUGGGGACGUUUGUGUUGGUGUAUACAGUCUUCUCUGCUACAGAUCCCAAACGAAGCGCAAGAGAUUCCCACGUUCCUGUUUUGGCGCCACUCCCAAUUGGAUUUGCAGUGUUCAUAGUUCACCUGGCCACCAUUCCAGUCACUGGCACUGGAAUCAACCCAGCAAGGAGCUUGGGAUCUGCUGUUAUUUUCAACCAUCAAAACACUUGGAAUAAUCAUUGGAUAUUUUGGGUUGGACCCUUCAUAGGAGCAGCCAUUGCAGCUUUCUACCACCAAUUCAUCUUGCGAGCAGGUGCUGUAAAGGCUCUUGGGUCAUUUAGAAGCAACCCAAAUGUGUGAUGAUCAUAAUGCUGCCUUUAAUUAGCUCCUGGAGAUUUAAGAACCAGAUGUUAACACUAGUAUUUGCAUUUUGAGUUUUUAUUUCCCAUGUAUGCUUGAGACUUUCAUGAAUCUCCUAGUUCUUUCUUUUGCUAUUGGAAUGGCUAAAAAUAGUUUUUC